AUGGGUUUUCAUUUGCCUGGAAUUGUUAAUGCUAAGCAGAUCCUGCAGCGGGCACAUGUGGGUGCUGAGUCCAAGAAUGUGCCUAAAGGCUAUUUUUCUGUUUAUGUGGGAGAAAUCCAAAAGAAGAGAUUUGUGGUUCCAAUCUCAUACUUGAAGAAUCCUGCAUUCCAGACCCUGUUGAGUCAGGCUGAAGAAGAGUUCGGGUUUGAUCAUCCAAUGGGUGGUCUCACAAUCCCAUGCACAGAAGAAGCCUUUAUUAAUCUCAGUUGUUAUUUGAACAGCCCAUGA